CGGAGGCAGGGGCCGAGGUGGCGGCCAGCUGCGCGCCUUGAGUGCCUGACCCUCCGCUGGGCACCUGAGCGCCGCUGGCCCGGCCUGCUGCCACUCUACGCGCAGCCAGCUGGGCGUUCAAACAUUUUAUUUAAUUCGAUACCAGCCUGGGUUGCCAGGGGUCAUCGCCUCUCCGGAGCCCCGUGGCAUCCGGAUGGAGGCCACUGCAUGGGUACCCGCUCUCCCGGGAAGGAGUAGGGGGAAGAGCUGGGUUGCAGAGGGAAGAGAAGCGCCAGGGAGAGAAGGGCCUAGCCCUCUGGUGAACAAAGCUCGAUCAGGAGGUGUCGUGCGAAUACCGGUGACCCCUGUGAGGCCAUCGGUCUCCGCGCCACGCUGGGCAGGGUCCGGGAACCAGCGCGCGGCGGCUGUCGCCUUCCCCUGCACGCCCGCACCCGGACCCUGGCCGCCGCCAGGUGUUACGGGCGCGCCGCCCUGGUCCGCUCAGUCGGACCCGCAGCCGCCUCCUCUGCCAGGUUCCCUCUUGCCAGCUGCCCCGAAAACCCAGAAGGGCCGGUGGCUCCGAGCCAAGGCGGACCUGGUCGGGCGCCGGGGCCGGGGGUUUCUUUCCUAUUUUCUUUUGUGCAAUUGUCAUGAUUAAUGAUAUCGACUCUUUUACUCAAACACUCGAAUCGGAGCCCCAGCUCUUAGCCCGGAUGCAGCCACUGCCCGCGGGACCCCUUUAACACCGAGAGCGUCCCCCGGCUCCGGGGCAGGCAGAGUCGAGGGGGUCACCCGGGGCCUCGGCGCGCUCCCCCUAGCGGAGAGCCUCGUCUUCCGGCCGGCAAGGGAAGGAGGAGGCUGGAGAGAGGCGAGGAGGCCUCGGCGGCCCUCGGGCGCUGCGGGCUGGGGACUCCGGGUCCCCGGGACACGCGCGGGGGCGCGGGCCGCGGUGGCUACGGGCAGGGGGCGCAGCCGCGCUCCUUCCUCUCCGCCUGCGCCGCCUCUGCGCGCACUGGCUCUGCGCGGCGUGGCCCGGCCUGCGCGAUCGUCGCCUCCAUCCCGGCGGCCUCCGAGCUCAGCCGAGCUUGGUAGAGGACGGCGGUGGGAACGCUCCCGGCCUACCCCGGAGCGCGGCGGAGCGCGGGCUGGAGGCCGGCGCCGGGCGCGGAGGACUCCCGGUAUCCUUUGGCAGGCGGGCGCCUUGGCUCUGGGGACCUGCAGGAAUCAGUUUAGACUUGAAAUUCAGUUUUUCCUGAAACUGAUCAGAAGUUACUGACACCUUUAUUGGAUCCGUUUUCUUGUCAGGAGCUCACUUUGCAGCUCUCCAGCUUUUAUAGCAUGCUGUAAACAAUUGUGAAAGUUGUUUUUCAAGAAACAGAAAGAGUUGCAACUUUUUUCUAGUAAUAGAAACUUUUACACUGCAUUCAAUGCCUAACGUUGCAGAAACAGAAAGGUCAAAUGAUUCUGGAAAUGGUGAGCACAAAUCUGAAAGAAAGUCACCUGAUGAGAGUCUACAAGGUGCUGUAAAAUCUUUCUGCACAAGUGCCUCAGGAGCACCCUUGGGUCCCAAAGGAGAUGGUCAUUAUCCAUGGAGUUGUCCAGUGACUCAUACUCGGGAAAAAAUUUAUGCCAUCUGUUCGGACUAUGCCUUUCUCAACCAGGCAACCUCAAUCUAUAAAACUCCAAAUCCAUCCCGCUCUUCUUGCCUCCCUGAUAGUACUUCUUUAUCUUCUGGAAAUAAUUCAUCAAGAUACAUUGGUAUCCCGACGAGUACAUCGGAAAUCAUCUACAAUGAAGAAAAUAGCUUGGAACACUUAUCCAACAGCCUGGGCAAGCUACCUCUCGCAUGGGAAAUUGAUAAAUCUGAAUUUGAUGGGGUGACCACAAAUUUGAAACACAAAUCAGGCAAUGCAAAGAGACAAGUUUCCAAGAAAAAAACUUCAGAUAAAAAAGGAAGAUAUCAGAAAGAAUGUCCUCAGCAUUCUCCUCUUGAAGAUAUUAAACAGCGGAAAGUAUUAGACCUCAGACGAUGGUACUGCAUAAGCCGACCACAGUAUAAGACUUCCUGUGGCAUCUCCUCAUUAAUUUCUUGUUGGAAUUUCUUGUACAGCACAAUGGGAGCUGGAAAUCUUCCACCUAUUACCCAAGAAGAAGCUUUACAUAUUCUGGGCUUUCAACCUCCAUUUGAAGAUAUUAGGUUUGGUCCUUUCACGGGAAAUACAACACUUAUGAGGUGGUUUAGACAAAUUAAUGACCACUUCCACGUAAAAGGAUGCUCUUAUGUUCUAUAUAAGCCUCAUGGGAAGAACAAAACAGCGGGAGAAACUGCUUCAGGGGCCCUGUCAAAGUUAACCCGGGGAUUGAAAGAUGAAUCGCUGGCUUAUAUCUAUCAUUGCCAAAAUCAUUAUUUUUGUCCAAUUGGCUUCGAAGCAACCCCUGUUAAAGCUAAUAAAGCAUUAAGCAGGGGGCCUCUCUCACCACAGGAAGUCGAAUAUUGGAUCUUAAUUGGAGAAUCAAGUAGAAAACACCCUGCCAUUCACUGUAAAAAAUGGGCAGAUAUUGUUACUGAUCUAAACACUCAAAAUCCAGAAUACCUGGAUAUCCGGCACUUAGAGAGAGGACUGCAGUAUCGAAAAACAAAGAAGGUUGGGGGAAAUUUGCAUUGCAUCAUAGCAUUCCAGAAACUUAAUUGGCAAAGAUUUGGCCUUUGGAACUUUCCAUUUGGAACCAUUAGACAAGAAUCACAACCUCCAACACAUGCCCAGGGAAUUGCCAAAUCUGAGAGUGAAGACAAUAUUUCCAAGAAGCAGCAUGGGCGUCUGGGCCGGUCUUUCAGUGCUAGUUUCCAUCAGGACUCAGCCUGGAAAAAGAUGUCUAAUAUUAGCAUUUGGUUAAACCAAGCACUUAAGGGAGUCCGGGAUCGCCAUGGGAACUCAAUAGAAAAUGCUCAUCUUCUCACUUUGUUCCAUCGGCUCUGCAAACUCUUAUUUUUUCGAAUUCGUCCUAUUUUUGUGUUUGAUGGGGACGCUCCUCUAUUGAAGAAACAGACUUUGGCGAAGAGAAGGCAGAGAAAGGACUCAGCAUCCAGUGACUCCAGGAAAACGACAGAGAAGCUUCUGAAAACAUUUUUGAAAAGACAAGCCAUCAAAACCGCCUUCAAAAGCAAAAGAGAUGAAGCACUACCAAGUCUCACGCAAGUCCGAAGAGAAAAUGACAUUUAUGUUUUGCCUCCUUUACAAGAGGAAGAAAAACAUAGUUCAGAAGAGGAAGAUGAAAAAGAAUGGCAAGAAAGAAUGAAUCAAAAACAAGCGUUACAGGAAGAGUUCUUUCAUAAUCCUCAAGCGAUAGAUAUUGAGUCUGAGGACUUUAGCAGCCUGCCCCCCGAAGUAAAGCAUGAAAUCUUGACUGAUAUGAAAGAGUUCACCAAGCGAAGAAGAACAUUAUUUGAAGCAAUGCCAGAGGAGUCCAAUGACUUUUCACAGUACCAACUCAAAGGCUUGCUUAAAAAAAACUAUCUGAACCAGCACAUAGAACAUGUCCAAAAGGAAAUGAAUCAGCAACAUUCAGGACACAUCCGAAGGCAGUAUGAAGAUGAAGGGGGCUUUUUGAAGGAGGUAGAGUCAAGGAGAGUGGUCUCUGAAGACACUUCCCAUUACAUCUUGAUAAAAGGUAUUCAAGCUAAGAAAGUUGCAGAAGUGGAUUCAGAAUCUCUUCCUUCUUCCAGCAAAAUGCACAGCAUGUCUUUUGACAUGAAGUCAUCUCCAUGUGAAAAACUGAAGACAGAGAAAGAGCCUGAUGCUACCCCUCCUUCUCCAAGAACUUUACUAGCUAUGCAAGCUGCCCUGCUGGGAAGUAGCUCAGAAGAGGAGCUGGAGAGUGUAAAUCGAAGGCAGUCCUGUGAAGGGAAUGAACCUGCUACUGUAGACGAAGGCUCCAUAUCACCCCGGACUCUUUCAGCUAUUCAGAGAGCUCUUGAUGAUGACGAAGACGUAAAAGUGCAUGCUGUAGAUGAGGUGCAGACAGGAGGACCAGGAUCAGAACUGCGUAUAAACUGCUCCACUGAGGACAGUGAUGAAGGACUUAAAGUGAGAGUUGGAAAAGGAAUGCCCUUGACUGCGACACUCGCGUCAUCUAGUGUGCACUCUGCAGAGGAGCAUGUAGCCAGCACUAAUGAGGGGAGAGAGCCCACAGACUCAGUUCCAAAAGAACAAAUGUCACCUAUUCACGUGGGGACUGCACCCUUUCCAAUAAGUGAUGAGUCUAUGGUUAAGGACAGAAAAGAUCAGCUGCCUCUGAAGAGCACAGUGGUUAGACAUAGUGACACACUUGGGCUCCUAAAUGGAAAGGAACUGACACCGGCACCUCCAACUCUUAUGAGUUCUGUGUCAAAGAACGAAACACAUGCCAGCGUGCUUGAGCUACAGAAACAGCUUGGCCCAUCUGAGAGUAAAUAUGGUUCCUCUGUUCUUUCAAGUGAUGAUGAAACAGAAUGUGAACCAUAUCCUGCUUCUGAAGUCAUUGGCUCUGUCGGUUUGCAGGAAAUGAGUAGCAUAGUAAGUGUCCCUUCAGAGACAGUAGGCAACUUAGAAAAUGUGGUGUCAUUUAAUGCUAAAGAACAGGAGAAUUUUCUGAAAACCAUUGAAGAACAGCAGGCCAUUGAAUCUGCAGGCCAGAAUUUAAUUUCCAUUCUAAAGCCCAUGGAUUCAGUGGAAAUUGACUCAGAAGAAAGUGAAUCUGAUGGAAGUUUCGUUGAAGUGAAGAGUGUGAUUAGUGAUGAAGAACUUCAAGCAGAAUUGCAUGAAACUUCCACACCUCCCUCAGAACAAGGUGAAGAGGAACUGAUAGGAACUAGGGAGGAAGAAGCCCCUGCUGAGUCUGAGUGCCUCCCGAGGGACAGCUCUGAGAGGGAGGAUGAGGAUGGUGAGCCACAGGAAGCUGAGAAAGAUGCGGAAGAGUCACUCCAUGAAUGGCAAGAUAUCGAUUUGGAGGAGCUGGAAACUCUGGAGAGCAACCUCUUAGAACAACAGAAUUCACUGAAAGCUCAAAAACAGCAGCAAGAACGGAUUGCUGCUACUGUCACCGGACAGAUGUUCCUGGAAAGCCAGGAACUCCUGCGCCUGUUCGGCAUUCCCUACAUCCAGGCUCCUAUGGAAGCCGAGGCACAGUGUGCCAUCCUGGACCUGACUGAUCAGACUUCUGGAACCAUCACUGAUGACAGUGAUAUCUGGCUGUUUGGAGCACGGCAUGUCUAUAAAAACUUUUUUAAUAAAAACAAGUUUGUAGAAUAUUACCAAUAUGUGGACUUUCACAAUCAAUUAGGAUUGGACCGGAAUAAGUUAAUAAAUUUGGCCUAUUUGCUUGGAAGUGAUUAUACUGAAGGAAUACCAACUGUGGGUUGUGUAACCGCCAUGGAAAUUCUCAAUGAAUUCCCUGGGCGUGGUCUGGAACCUCUCCUAAAAUUCUCAGAAUGGUGGCAUGAAGCUCAAAAAAAUCCAAAGAUAAGACCUAAUCCUCAUGACACCAAAGUGAAAAAAAAAUUACGGACAUUGCAACUUACCCCUGGCUUUCCUAACCCAGCUAUUGCUGAGGCCUACCUCAAACCUGUAGUGGAUGACUCGCAGGGAUCAUUUCUGUGGGGGAAACCUGAUCUCGACAAAAUUAGAGAAUUUUGUCAGCGGUAUUUCGGCUGGAACAGAACGAAGACAGAUGAAUCUCUGUUUCCUAUAUUAAAGCAACUAAAUGCCCAGCAGACACAGCUUCGAAUUGACUCCUUCUUUAGAUUAGCACAACAGGAGAAAGAAGAUGCUAAGCGUAUUAAGAGCCAGAGACUAAACAGAGCUGUGACAUGUAUACUCAGGAAAGAGAGAGAAGCAGCAGCCAGUGAAAUAGAAGCAGUUUCUGUUGCUAUGGAGGAAGAAUUUGAGAUACUUGAUAAGGCAAAAGGAAAAACCCAGAAGAGAGGCGCAACAAAUAUAUCGAAAGAGUCAUCAAGCCUGAAAAGAAAGAGGCUUUCAGAUUCUAAAGGAAAGAAUACAUGUGGUGGAUUUUUGGGGGAGACCUGCCUCUCAGAAUCAUCUGAUGCAUCGUCAAGUGAGAAUGCUGAAAGUUCAUCUUUAAUGAAUGUACAAAGGAGAAAAGCAGUGAAAGAGCCAAAAACCAGUGCUUCAGAUCCGCAGAACUCACUGAAGGAAGCUCCUGUGAAGUAUGGAGGUGCGACCACCAGCAGCUCCAGUGAUGACGAUGGAGGGGAAGAGAAGACAGUCCUCGUGACUGCCACGUCUGUGUUUGGGAAGAAAAGAGGGAAACUGAGACGUGUAAGAGGAAGAAAAAGGAAACUUAAUUAAAAAUUAUGUAUCUUCUAUAAUUAGGUAUGACAGCCUUUGUAAUGAAUUUAAGACAAUAAAAUUAACUGUAUUUGCACAGUC